UUCCUACAGUCUAUGAUAGGAACUUGGUGGAGUCGGACUGUCGUGUCAGGUGCUGCGUGGUGAUGUUGGCAGCAAAGACGUACGCGAGCAGACAUGGGACAGUCUCCCGUGGUACCGGAGGAACUUCUAUUUCCCGUAGUGUUGGAGUUUCAUUUUCUCGCAGCAGUGGGACGUCCUCCUCCCGCGGCGGCGGCGGCGCUGCUGCUUCCCGUGGUAGUCACGCUCAGGGUUGCGACUGCGAAGUCUGCGCCUCCGAGUUCCCUCUCCGCACCCACCCCUUCCUCGAUAUGUCCUACUCGAGGCUGAACCAGGACCAGAAGCCGACUUCAACCUCGAGAUUCAGCUUUUUCAGCCGCAAGAAGCCUUCGAGCCACACCCCCGCGCACGCUGCGGCCGCCUUGGCGCUGACACAGGAACAGAGGCGAGCAAGUGCCAGGGCCCAGUUGCAAGCCCAGCAAGAGGCGGAGGCCAUGGCGAGGGCACUGCAAGAGCCCGUGACGCUGGGCACGCUCAAACAGGACUCGCUCAUGAUCCCGGUGGCUAAGAUGAAGCAGUUCUUCCCGGCGGGGCAUCCAAUCCCAACCAUUGCGUCACAAGGGCGCCUACGACUGCUCGAAGCCCCUGAACACAACAUCCACGUGGUGUUCCACAUGAUGGGCUCGGCCGUCCACGUCAACGCAGCGCUGCGUUCUCCUCUUCUCGACUCGUACGCGCACCAGCGGGAGUGCGUCGUCAAGGCAUUCAAGGCAGCCGUGUCCGCAGCGAACGUUGGCGCCGGCACGCUUCAGGGCAUGGUUCUCCUCAACCUGGAACGAGGCGGCGAGAUGGGCGCAGUGGAGUUCCCCUUCAUGAUCGUGUGGUUCGUCGACGGCCGGCAGUGCGACGCCAAUCAGCUGAUCGGAAGAGUCCGGCAGAGCAGCCUGGAGACACUGGACCCCAUGAAGACGGGUUUCACUUGUUCGCACUACUUUGACACCUUCGAGGAAGUGGCGACGCUAGCUCGGCCUCCCUUAGAGAAGAUGCAGCGGAAAGCCUCCUCGGCCAACACGGGUUACAUCAUCACGGUUUUCAGAGUCUUCGAAGGGAACGACGGCGUCAAAUUCGAGCGAAACUGGCUUGGGUGGACGGGAGCCAGAACACUGUACAAGAGCCUGACGAGCGAGGUCGGCCUCAAGCGCAUCACGCUGCACAAGUCGGCGCCGCAGAAUGGAACCCUCCACUACGUCCUCAUGUGCGACUGCUCCAACUUCCUCACUUGCUUUAACAAGGCCGUCAAAGCCGUUCCUUCCUUGCGGAUGCGAUUAUGUGGAGAUACGGGAUUAUAUAGGCCUAUAUGUACACUCUGAAUCUGUCUCUGGGAAUAUUUUUUAAAGUAAGAUACUUUUUUUUUCUAUUCGUUGGUCCCAUUAAUCUUAAGUUUGUUAGUGUGACUCAUAAGACCAAAGUGUUUUUGCGAGGGUUGAUUCUUCACGUUAAUUCGCUGCAUCUCAGGUUGAUUUUAUGAGUUACAGAGCGCACUGACAUUAUAUAAUAGAUUUUUUUUUAUCAUCGACGUGCUGACAGUCAUUGAUUGUUGAGUUGUAAACGAGGAUGUUAAUAUAUACCCUUUUAAUUCUCUUGGCUGACCUCCGCUGACGUCAUUCGGAGAAUCGAUUUACUGAUGCAUCAGAUACUGUACAUGUAUGUAUAUAUCGUUAAUUUGUAGUUUCACUUUUUCCCAGACGCAGAUCUUAUGAUCCUGUUUUGUUAAGUUUUGGUACGAUAUUUACACGAGUUUUUCAUUCACCAUUUUCUAUAGUUCAUAGUUGUUUUUACUACUCGGAAUCGUU